AUGUCAGUUUAUAAUAACCCUGUGAGUGAUGUCACAGUUUAUAAUAGUCCUGUCAGUGUUUCUAUUAGCAGUGAUGUCACAGUUUAUAAUAACCCUGUCAGUGAUAUCACAGUUUAUAAUAAUCCUGUCAGUGUUUCUAUUAGCAGUGAUAUCACAGUUUAUAAUAAUCCUGUCUGUGUUUCUAUUAGCAGUGAUAUCAGUUUAUAAUAAUCCUGUCAGUGUUUCUAUUAGGAGUGAUAUCGCAGUUUAUAAUAACCCUGUCAUUGUUUCUAUUAGCAGUGAUAUCGCAGUUUAUAAUAACCCUGUCAGUGAUGUCAUAGUUUAUAAUAAUCCUGUCAGUGUUUCUAUUAGCAGUGAUAUCACAGUUUAUAAUAACCCUGUCAGUGUUUCUAUUAGCAAUGAUAUCACAGUUUAUAAUAAUCCUGUCAGUGUUUCUAUUAGCAGUGAUAUCGCAGUUUAUAAUAACCCUGUCAGUGUUUCUAUUAGCAAUAAUAUCACAGUUUAUAAUAAUCAUGUCAGUUUUUCUAGUAGCAGUGAUAUCGCAGUUUAUAAUAAUCCUGUCAGUGUUUCUAUUAGCAAUGAUAUCACAGUUUAUAAUAACCCUGUCAGUGUUUCUAUUAGCAGUGAUAUCGCAGUUUAUAAUAACCCUGUCAGUGUUUCUAUUAGCAAUAAUAUCACAGUUUAUAAUAACCCAGCCAGUGUUUAUAUUAGUAGUGAUAUCACAGUUUAUAAUAAUCCUGUCAGUGUUUUUAUUAGCAGCAAAAUCACAGUUUAUAAUAACCCUGUCAGUGUUUCUAUUAGCAGUGACAUCACAGUUUAUAAUAACCCUGUCUAUGUUUCUAGUAGCAGUGAUAUCGCAGUUUAUAAUAAUCCUGUCAGUGUUUCUAUUAGCAGUGAUAUCACAGUUUAUAAUAAUCCUGUCAGUGUUUCUAUUAGCAGUGAUAUCACAGUUUAUAAUAACCCUGUCAGUUUUUCUAUUAGUAGUGAUAUAGCAGUUUAUAAUAAUCCUGUCAGUGAUGUCACAGUUUAUAAUAAUCCUGUCAGUGUUUCUAUUAGCAGCGAUAUCACAAUUUAUAAUAAUUCUGUCAGUGUUUCUGUUAAUAGCGAUAUUGCAGUUUAUAAUAAUCCUGUCAGUGAUGUCACAGUUUAUAAUAUUCCUGUCAUUGUUUCUAUUAGUAGUGAUAUCGCAGUUUAUAAUAAUCCUGUCAGUGAUGUCACAUUUCAUAAUAGCCGUGUAAGUGAUGUCACAGUUUAUAAUAAUCCUGUCAGUGUUUCUAUUAGCAGUGAUAUCGGUUUAUAA